UUACUGCAAAAGAAGCAAAUGAUAGAGUAGAAGGGGUUUCACUCCACAUCCUUUUUGGCAGAGCGUCACGUUUCAUAACAUUUAGAUGAAAGCUAAUCUUUACAGUGCCUCGUUUGGGAAACACAUGUCCUGAAAGCAGAAUGAACUGAAUGAAGAGGAUCUACCCAACCAGCUCUCCAUCUAUAUUGCUAACAGCAAACAGGUUUCAUAGCAACGAUUCUGCUAAUUUUUAUAUAAUCUAUAGCAUCUACGUACGUCUUCUCCUGCCAUGAAGUUGUUUAAAUUACAGACUCUAAAAUCCUUUUGGACUCUGAAGCCUCCUAAUAGGACUUUCCAUUGCCACCCCAGACUGCUUGCCUCUGAUGUAUAUUCACAAUACGAGCCUGUCAGGCAGGGCAAACAGGAAAUACCAAAAUACUUCAACUUUGCAAGUGAUGUACUGGACAAAUGGUCUGAGAUUGAAAAGGCUGGAAAAAGACCAUCAAACCCUGCCUUUUGGUGGAUAAAUGGAGAAGGCGAAGAAGUGAAGUGGAGCUUUGAGGAGCUGGGGUUCCUCUCUCGGAAAGUGGCAAAUGCACUGACUAAAGUAUGUGGACUGCAGAAGGGGGACAGAAUUGUUGUGAUCCUGCCACGAGUCCCAGAAUGGUGGCUGGUAACUGUGGCUUGCAUGCGAGCAGGAAUUGUCUUACUUCCAGGAAUAUCCCAGUUAUCAGCCAAAGACAUAUUAUAUCGACUCCAGGCGUCAAAAGCCACAUGCAUCAUUACUGACAACACACUGACUUCUGCUGUGGACUCAGUGGCAUCUGAGUGUCAGUUUCUGAAAACCAAGCUAAUCGUGUCCAAAGGCAGUAGGGAGGGAUGGCUCAACUUCACUGACCUGUACAGAAACCAAUCUGCUGACCAUUCCUGUGUCAAAACAAGGAUUCAAGACUCGAUGAUUAUCUUCUUUACCAGUGGAACCACAGGUUCUCCAAAGAUGGCUGAACAUUCCCAGGGUAGUCUUGGUUUCAGACCCCUUUUAAGUGAAAGGUAUUGGUUGGAUUUGACUCCCUCAGAUGUGAUAUGGAGCACAGCAGAUACUGGAUGGAUAGUAGCUUCACUGGCAUCUGUUUUUGAUCCCUGGGUUUUUGGAUCCUGCAUCUUUGUACAUAAGCUACCACGGGUUGAAUCAGCAGCCGUCCUAAAUACUCUCUGCAGAUUCCCUAUCGACACAGUGGUUAGUGCUCCCACAUUGUUCCGCAUGCUGGUACAAAAUGAUCUUUCCAGCUACAAAUUCAUGAACCUGAAGCGCUGCGUGAGUGGAGGGGAGCCACUCAACCCAGAAGUCAUGGAGCAGUGGAAAAGCAAGACUGGGCUGGACAUCCAUGAAGUAUAUGGGCAGACUGAAAUGGGAAUAAUCUGCUCUGUUUUUAAAGGAAUGAAGGUUAAACCUGGAUCAAUGGGAAAGGCAGCUCCCCUUUAUGAUGUUCAGAUCGUAGACAAAAAUGCUAAUGUUCUGCCUCCAGGACAACAGGGGGAAAUUGCUGUCAGAAGCAGACCUAUAAAACCACUUGGUUUUUUCUCUGGAUAUGUAGAUAACCCUAAGAAAACCGCAGAAACUGAACGUGGGGAUUUUUAUGUCACUGGAGACAGAGGGAUUAUGGAUGAAGAUGGAUAUUUUCAGUUCAUUGGAAGAGAUGAUGACAUCAUCAUUUCUUCAGGAUAUCGCAUUGGGCCAUUUGAAGUAGAGAAUGCCCUGAUAGAACAUGCAGCAGUAGCAGAAACAGCUGUUGUCAGCAGCCCAGAUCCCCUUAGAGGAGAGGUUGUGAAAGCAUUUGUGGUCCUGUCCCCAACUUUUUCAUCCAGUGAUUUAGAGAGCUUAACCUGUGACUUGCAGGAGCAUGUCAAGAAAACUACUGCUCCAUAUAAAUACCCCAGAAAGGUGGAGUUUGUCCGAGAGCUGCCAAAGACAGUCACUGGGAAGAUCAAGAGGAAUGAAUUAAGAAAGAAAGAGUGGGGACGGAUCUAGCAUUGCUUGGAAAUUAACAGAACUUCUUUAAUUCCAUUAACACUGUACACAUUUCUCUGAUGUAACUGCCUUCCUCUUUUUUGUUAAACAGCUGAGCAUCAAAAGCUAUAGAUGACACCAAGAUGUGAUGUCUGCACUUGCUUGCAAAGUGUCAGUACCACUGUUUCAGUUCCCCAAGCACUGCUGGAAAAGGGAACAAAUGAUACAACUCCCUUCUAGUCCCGGAUGUCCAUAGGUUCACCAGAAUUUGGCUGGUGACCCAUCUCUUUUAGAUGGCAUUCAAGAUGAGUGAAGAGAUAUUGCUGAGAUCGGUUGUCUAGCUCAAAGCUGCAGAAAAGGCAGGCAUGGAUUUGAGUGGUUCAGAUGCCCUGUACUUAAAUGCAGUGUGUUUAAUCUGAAUGCAGCCCUCCUAUCAUUUACUGAAGAUGGAAAGACUCCUCUUUAUUGAUACCACCAUAAACCUUUCUUGAUUAAUACAUAUGUUGAUGAUAAGCAGUGCUAGCUUCUCUUGUACUUUAUCCACAAAUACUCCCUCAUGCAGAAGUAACUUCAUUGUGCCCUUCUGUUCUGAUCUUUGCACACAAUGGACAAAACUCCUGUACCACUUCUGGUGGUCUUUAAAAUGAAGUUUGUUGUUGGGCAGGUGACCCAAUUUGUAAAACAAACCAUGGUUCUUUGCCAUAGUAGACACUUGCUACAGGACCAGUCUAUUUCUGCAGUCACUUAGAGGUGAAACCAGUGAAAAACAUUCCUUGGUCUGGUUUGGAUGGUCACAUCAUUGUUUAACAUUUAACUCUGAGCUUCAUGAAGAAGCAUGUACCAAGUGUACACACCCUUACUUCUUACAAUGGCAUGGGCAAUAGUGGGACAGACUUCAAGGCAAUAUAGGUUCUUAGCCGUUCAUCCUGGAGUUUUGUGGGAUUUGUUUGGGUUUUUUUAAUUUCAUUUGCUGGCACAAAUUUUCAUUAUUUGGCAAAAGCAUCUCCAGCCUUAGAGUCCUCUUCUGUUCAUUAAGUAAGAAGAAAUUGCUGGAUAACAAUAGCAUCUUUACGCAGCAAAGAAGGGCUUUUGCAGUUGCAUCUCACUGCCUGGAGUUCUGUGUCUGUUGCAGCUGUAAAGUGAGAUUUGGAGAAUUCUAAUUUUGAGAAAGGAAAAUAUUUUAUUUCUUGAGAAUGGACACUUCUGUCAGUAGAACAAUUUCUGUACUAGCAACUGCUUGAAAUGAAAGCAGUUGUCAAUAAACACAUUUACUUCACUCUU